AUGGAGGAGGUCCGCGCGCCGCUGGCGCCGGACGCCGAACGGAGCGUGCGCACGGCGGUGAUCGGCAACUUCGUCGACAUCUUCGGCCUCUGCACGAUCCUGCCCUUGAUCCCCUUCUUCGUCAAGGACGUGGGCGCGCCGAAGAUCUGGGUCGGCCUCAUCAGCGGCGCCCAGUUCCUGGGCUGCUGCCUCGGCAACUUCACCUGGGGCCAGGUCGGCGACCGGCGCGACCCGAACGCCGUCGCGCUGGGGCUCAUGGUCGGCGACGCCGUCUUCUUCGCCCUGACGGCCGCGUGCACGGACGCGCCGUCGCUCUGCGCGGUCCGCGUGCUCACGGGCUUCUGCGCCUUCUGGGUCCUGGGCGAGACGCUCAUCUCCAAGGUCGUGCCCGGGCCGCGCGUCGCCGAGUACAAGGCCAAGUACCUCGGCGGCGCGCUGCUGGGGCAGAUCUUCGGGCCCGUCAACGGCGGCCUCCUCGGCACGCUGGGCUGGGCCUACCCCUGCUACGUCGCCGCGGCGGCCGCGGCGGCGGCGGCGGCGCGCCUCGCCUACGUGCGGCGCGGCCCGGCGGCGCCCGCGGCCGAGGCCAAGGCGCCCGCGGACGACGACGCCGGCGACCGCCCGCGCCGGAGACCGCCCGCGGCACCGCGCCGCCCGGCGGAACCGCCGUCGCGCGACCGCGCCGCGAAGCUCGCGACGGUCUUCGGCCACGCGCACUACCGCGCGGCCGUCUUCGUCUACUGCGCCGUCGGCCUCACGUUCAACGGCGUCAACACGGUGCUCUACGUGACGCUCGCGUACCGCUACGGCCUCCGGGAGUGGCAGGUCGGCCUCUUCGGCCUCGGCCUCUGCUUCGCGCUCAUGCUGUCGCUGUCCUUCUACGAGACGUGGGAGCGGACGUUCGGCGUCUACGGCAUGCUCGCCGUCUUCGGGCCCGCCGGCGUCGCGCUCUACGGUUUGCUCGCGGCGUUCGGGAAGGCGUCGCUCGGUGCCUUCUCGUGCCUCUUCUUCGCGUCCGUCGUCGUCUUCGGGCCCCUGUUCAACACGGCGACGAUGGUCAUCACGAACGUCGCGCGGACCUGGGCGCCGGGGGCCGAGGGCACGGCCCUGUCCUACGCGAGCCUCCUCCACAACGCCGCGCAGGCCGCGGGCUGCGCCGCGGGUCCCGUGCUCUUCGUCUGGUGCCAGACGGCGCUCGGUUGGCGCGCUCCGUGGCUCGCGGCGGCCGCCGCGACGCUGGCCUUCGUCGCCGCGCCCCUGGCCGUGCGCGUCGCCGUGCCGCUCCCGCCGGACACGUUCAUGCCCGCGCGCGCCUUCGAGGUCCGGCUCUUCGGCGCCGCGCCGCCGCUCGGCGGCGACCCCGGCGCGGGGAAGGCCCUCGUCGACGGCGCGGGCGACGCGGGCGACGCGGCGCCCCUCGCCGCCGCCGAGCCGGGCGACGCGGCGCCCCUCGCCGUCGCGGAGCCGGGCGACGCGGCGCCCCUCGCCGUCGCGGAGCCCGCGGACGGCGCGACGACGGUGUAA